AUGGUUGAUUCAGAAGUUAAAUUAGGUCUUCACAUAACAGCAAAGCAAACGUACUAUCCAAUUGAAUUAUCGAACGCAGAACUAUUGGCGCAUUAUGAGACUGCUCAGGAAUAUCACGAAGAGAUUUCUGCAAGUGUACAUGCGCUUUCACGUAAAUUAAAACCUGAUCCAAAAUUAAUUGAUCAACAACCUGAAAUGGUACCUUCUACCACCAGAUAUGCAAUCGUGACAUUUUUGUUCGAGUUAUCCAUAAUGACUCGUGUAACCGAUGGUAUCUUUUUCCAAGCCGUGAGAUUAUAUGAUCGCUAUUGUUCUAAGAGGGUUGUACUUGAAGAUCAAGCAAAAUUGGUAGUUGCUACAUGUCUUUGGUUAUCUGCCAAGACUUCUGGAGGUUGCAACCAUAUUAUCAAUAAUGUUUCAAUACCCACUGGUGGGAGAUUUUAUGGUCCAAAUCCAAGAGCUCGUAUUCCUAGAUUAAGCGAGCUAGUUCAUUAUUGUGGCGGGACUGACGUAUUUGAUGAAUCUAUGUUUAUGCAGAUGGAAAGGCACAUAUUGGACACACUGACUUGGGAUGUUUAUGAGCCGAGUAUUAAUGAUUACGUGUUAAAUGUUGAUGAGAAUUGUUUGAUACAAUACGAAUUAUAUAAAAGACAAAUUGAUCACAAUAAGGAAUAUAACAGAAAACGGCAGUCACAAACAUCUAACGACAGCGACGCUACUGUAGAUGAACGGAUUGCCAAAUAUGAAGAGGACGAUGAAGACCGUAAUCUUUUUGAGGACGAAGAUGACGAAGACUUGAAUAUGAAAAUAAGACUGAUCAAUUUGAAGAGAUUUUUAAUUGAUCUUUCGACGUGGCAAUAUGAUCUGCUCAGAUUUGAGCUGUAUGAAAUAUCUCAAGGAAUUUUUUCCAUUGUUAAUAGAUUUACUGGUGCGGACCAAUGCCCUUUUUUAAUGACACCUGCUCCAUCUGCAACAAAUCAGGCGCAAAUGCUAAACAUUUUCAUAAAUGCUAUCGUAAAAUCGCCUCAAUCUCUGGUUGAGAUAUAUAAAGAAAAGGAUGGCAUAAUGGAAUUCAUAGCGCAGAUCAAAAGUUAUCAAGUCGAAAUGCAAAAGAAAAUACAUCUGGCCUCUGCUAUGGAUCUCUCGAGAAGAUCAGUUAUCUCUAAUGACGCUCGUUCUUACGAUCACCAUAUUUCUAUCCCAUCACCAACCUACUCUCAGCACUACACCCCGAUGAGAAACACAAGCACACAGUCUGACAACAGCGUAUUCAGCUCGGUAGACCAGUCAUCCCCGAUAACGCCGCAGAUGUGCAGCUUUGGUCAAUACAAGAAUGAGAGUGCAUGUUGCAGCACAUUGAGUGUCAACAGUAUACAAAACAAAAGUUACAAAGAGAAUAACAACGAAUGUAACAAGGAAAAUCAACUUCCAGGAACGCAUCAGAUUCUACCAAGGGCUAAAUUCAUAAAUAAUGGCAUGUUCGUUUCGCCGAGUGGAACUUUCAAUAGCGCAAAUUCUAGCAACAGAUCCUCCCUGGUAUCUCUCGCCAUUGGUAAUAUCAGCGUCGCUAAUGCUAAUUCCGCAAAUAUGUAG